UGGCAGAUGGAGGGGCGAAUCGAGCGCAACCUGAUGUUUUUUUGGACUAUAAAUACCGCCAAAGAGCCCGAAUACCCACACACACACACUACGCAUAAAGCAGCUAGCAAAAAUGUACCGAAUGCAAACUGGAAUCCGCCUGUGCCGUCCCCAUGGACUAGCGCCUAGUCCUUGGCAGGCAACGAUAGCGCUCACACCAUGGGUAAGAGGCUCUGCGAGUGAAUGCAAAAAGAAUGCCAACGACGGCAAAAGCUGCACCCACACCAUCAAACGGCAUGCAAGCUCUGAUGAAAACCCGUUCAAAACCCUUGCAUUCUGGACACAUGGAUAUGCAUGGAAGCGAGCCUCUGUGAAUACGUUUCGAUGCCUCGUUGGAUGCUCUGUGGGAGACCUGAGCGCCCUGUACUACCUCCAAACGCAUACCCAACUACCCAUGCAUGUGACGAUGGGAGCGAGUAUGGCGAGUGGGAUAUUGACAUCUGUAAUACUAGAAACCCUACUGUUGCAAAUGACUGAUGGAAUGAAUGCGAGACAAGCCUACAAGACAGCAGUGGGAAUGUCCCUUGUGAGUAUGCUAGUGAUGGAGAGUGUAGAGAAUGUCGUGAGUCUGAAUAUAGGGAAUACGAGUAUAGCGAGCGUGAUUGUGAGUAUGAUGAGUGGAUAUAUAGCAGCCCUCCCAUACAAUUACUAUCAAUUGCGUAAAUACAACAAGGCCUGUCAUUAGUGAGAGUAGAGAGUAUGUGAAUGUAUGUGAACUAGAAAGAGAGAGAAUCAAACCGUAAAUGAAUAGAGUCAAGAGAGAGAGAGAGAAAACAAAUGAAAUGCGUGUGUGUGAAUCCCAUAAUUAAAAAAGAGAGAGAGAGAGAGAAUAUAGUCACAUGAACACAUUCACACGUGUAC